CCUAUACAUAGUACCUAGUUACAGUAUAGUGUUAGCAAUCAUCCCUACAUGUGUGUAUAUGUGUGUCUGUGUCUGUCAUGAGACAAACUAUAUAAUCUACGAAUGAAGGCAGCCCUCUGAUAUCAAGGAAUGGCUGCAAGUGCAAGUACAGAGUGAGGUAGUUCUAUUCCAAGGGAGCCUUUCUUAUUCUGGUCUGGAUUAUGCUGUUGACUCUAUAGCCUGUGUAUCAGUCUCUCAUGUAUUUUAUGAGUUCCAUCAACAAUAUGAUGUCAAUUUUGUAAUUUCGAAAUGGCUACUUGCUAUCCCAAUUGUGUUUGGUUUGUUUGGAGCUGUUUUCUCAGAAUGGCUAGCCGACGCUAAGCUGGGGAACUACAGAGUGAUGAAAUACAGUUUUGUGCUGUUGUUCCUCGUAUACUUGCUUUCUAGUGCCUUCACUAUAGUUCCUGACAUUACUCAUUACGUGUAUGUUGUGAGUGUCUUGUAUUGCAUAGGUGGGAGUCUCUUUAUAGUAGCUGUGGUAGCAUGCUCUGUUACCUCACUACAACUAGGCCUGGAUCAGAUGCCUGAUGCUUCAUCUUCCAAUAUCACUAGUUUUAUUGCCUGGUUUGUAUUCAGUAUCUAUGCUGGUGUUUGGAUCCCUACUGUUGCCGAUUUGCCCAUUACUACAUGUAGUAGUCGAUUAUCGUACUGGGUUACCCAACUUUACAGUUUGCUGCCAUCUUUGUGUAUGAGUGUUGUUUUUAUUCUUGACUUUUUCCUAGCUAAAAAAUGGCUGAUAAUUGAGCCAAAGUCACCUCAGUCCCUCAAAAACAUCUACCGUGUUCUCAAGUUUGCUGCCAAGCACAAAGCUCCCCUCAAUCGCAGUGCUCUCACAUACUGGGAGGAAGACAUACCUUCAAGAAUGGACCUGGGAAAGUCGAGAUAUGGUGGACCAUUCACUACAGAGCAAGUUGAAGAUGUGAAGACCAUCCUACGUUUGUUACCCCUCUGCUUAACGCUAUGGCUUUUUGGGUGCUCACUUGCAAUAUUCCAUCCACCAUCUUAUGCUGUUGUUAAUCCUCUUGAUUGGGAUUGUUAUGUUUCAAAGUUUUUGUCCUUGUUCAUAUAUCACCAAUACUGGUGUGGUAUGGUUUGGACUGUCUUUUAUGAGUUUGUGCUAUACCCAGUGAUACGUAACAGGCUUCCCAGCAUUCUUAGAAGAAUUGGGAUAAUUUCUCUCUUCAUCACGGCUCUCAGUAUUGUGUUUCUAAUUCUGAAACUAUUACAAAAUAAUGAAGGUGAUUUAGUUGCAAUCAAGUAUGUUACAAUCAUUUUAAAUUCAAUUUCUCAGGGUUUGCUCACAAUGUUGCUUGCUAGUACCAUGAUGGAGUUAGUUUGUGCUCAAGCUCCAUACAACAUGAGAGGAUUGUUUGGAGGGUGUAUGGUGUUGGUGUUGUUAUCAGCUCUUAUAUUAUUGGCAAGUUUCCUCCAUCGAUCACAUUAACAAUAUAUGGGGUUAGAGUAGGCAUCAGUCUGCUUGGAUUCAUCCUGUACUGCCUCCUGGCUCGCUGGUACAAGAGGAGAGUUAGAGACGAGGACUACAAUGCACACAGAGUGGUGGAGGAGGUCUAUGAUAUCGAUACUUGUCGGUGAGCACUGACUAAAUUUAGUUCUGAUACGUUUUGUCGUUUUGUUGAUCAUGCAUCUUCAGAACAAAUUGGUUUUAUACGUGCGCAUGUUAACUAAUAAUUAUAACCAACGGCGUAUAAAAGAAGAGAGGGCAUGCAACAGCAAAAGAGCCGAGAAUUUCUAUUUUUAGCACUUCAUGCAAAUUCACACAUUCCUCUGCCCACGUUUGAAUCCUGCUAGCUACGUGUACUAGAUAGUGAGUUGCAUGCCCUCUCUUCAUCUAUACGCCCUUGAUAUAUAUAAUUUUGAUGUAUUAUUUUUAUUGCACACAUAAUUAGUUUAUCAGUGGAUACCAGUCUUUGAGCUUGUAUAAAUAUUAUUAUAAUUAAGUUGGCAUGUAGAAACUGAAACUACAUGUAGUGCUGUUAAUAGCGACAACCAUUUGGAAAUUAUACCAUGGGUGUGGUUUGUUACAUUACUAGUAAGGGGGUAGGUGUAUAGUGGUCCCCCUUAAAUAGAGGCAUUUCUUUUAAUUCCAGCGCCCAGCGCAAUCAAAGCACAUAACUUUAAGCCUUGAAAUUCAAUAAACAGGUUCAUAGGAAGCCCUAAAAGUACCUAAAUAGUUCACUGUACACAUAUACUUUGUAAGAGUGCAUUGUACCAUCUAUGAGGUAUAUUUGGCUAAUCAGGUUAAGAUAUGUAUAGCUUAGUGAAGAAUUU